UAACACAGAAAGACGCCGCUCUCAGUAUCGCACAGUCCGCAAAACACAACACAAAAGCCAUGAACAAAAAUACUUCACGUCCCCUCUUCCUUCUCCUCUUAUUCUUUUUAUCUUUCCAUUCAAUCUCAGCCCUUAAUCUCAAUCCAAUGCCAUCCGUCGAUUUCAUCCCCAGUCCCGACUCCGAACCCGUAAACAACGGCUCAGAUUUCAUCCGCUCCAGCUGCAACUCCACUCUUUACCCCGACCUCUGCUACGCCUCCUUGGAAGGCUACUCCAGUUCCGUCCAGGAGGACCCUGCGCUGCUGGCUCGAAUCGCCAUCGGCGUCAGCUUGAAGAAGACCAAAGCCAUGGCGGCUCACAUCGCCAACCUCAGUCGCGUGGCAGACUACAACUCCGACCCCCGGGCGUCGUCGGCCCUACACGACUGCCAGGAGAACUUCGGCGAUGCUGUCGACGAGAUCCAUGGAUCGCUCAAACAGAUGCGCCAACUCGGCGCGGCGGGAGGCUCGAAGGAGAGCCUCAGGUUCCUGAUGAGUAAUGUGCAGACGUGGAUGAGCGCCGCGUUGACGGACCAGGAGACGUGCACGGACGGUUUCGAUGACGUGGCGGACGGGCCUGUUAAGGCCGACGUUGUUGAUAGGGCGGCUUAUGUGAAGAAGCUUACGAGCAAUGCGCUUGCUUUGGUUAAUAGUUUUGUCGAUAAGGAAAUUAGUUGAUGAUCAAAUGAUGGGUGGUUUUGGACCGUCGGAUGUUAGUGAGUAAGAUAAACUUAGUGUAUGAACUAUAUACAACACUUUAUAGUUUGUAUAAAUAUUUAUAAUUUUAAUUUAUCAUAAUUUAUAUGUAUGUAUGUAAUAGGAAGAAAAAUGGAUGGUAAUUGCUGAGUCGAGUCUGAGUCGAGCGAGUUAGUUUCUUUCGUGACUGUAAUGUAAAUGUUUUAGAGUUGAGUCUGGUUUUUGUCCUCGGUUGGAAGUCGCGACCGAGUUUAGUGAGUUGAACUCCGAGUUAACUGACUUUUCUUUCUUUUA